GGCGGUUCCGUGAGCGAGGCGGGAGCCUCCCGCCGCUGCGCUGCCCCUUUUCAGUCUUGCCUUUGGCUGGCAGGCUGUCAUCUCCCCUGCCCCACACAUCGCCCUCCUUUGCCAGAACAUGCACCUCAUUGCUUUUGCUGUCUUCCACUGCAACUCCUUGAGACACACAGGAUACCUGUCUGGGCUUGUGCUGAUUGUGUACAGGUUGUGGUGUUGAGAACAGGCAGAGCCAUGGUGUCAUGGAAAGGAAUAUACUUCGUAGUUGCACUGUUUUUGGGAAGUUUUUUUGGAAGUAUUUUCAUGCUUGGUCCUUUUCUACCUUUGAUGUUUAUCUCCCCGGCCUGGUAUCGCUGGAUCACCGACCGCAUUGUGGCCACGUGGCUCACACUUCCAGUGGCUUUGCUGGAGAUGGUGUUUGGUGCCAAGGUGGUUGUCACUGGUGAUGGAUUUGUUCCUGGAGAAAGGAGUGUCAUUAUCAUGAACCAUCGCACACGAAUGGACUGGAUGUUCCUGUGGAACUGCCUGCUGCGAUACAGCUACCUCAGACUUGAAAAAAUCUGUCUCAAAUCCAGUCUCAAAAGCAUUCCAGGAUUUGGCUGGGCGAUGCAGGUUGCUGCCUUUAUUUUCAUUCAGAGAAAAUGGGAAGAUGACAAGGGUCACUUUGAAAAAAUGCUGCAUUAUUUCUGUGACAUUCAUGAGCCACUACAACUCCUCAUCUUUCCGGAAGGAACUGAUCUCACAGCCAAUACCAAAGCUCGCAGUAAUGACUUUGCUGAAAAGAAUGGGCUUCGAAAAUAUGAGUAUGUCUUACAUCCACGGACUACAGGAUUCACUUUUGUGGUGGAAUGUCUAAGGGAAGGUAACAAUCUUGAUGCUAUUCAUGACAUAACUGUGGCAUACCCCCAAAACAUUCCUCAGACGGAGAAGCACCUUUUGAAUGGAAACUUCCCAAAGGAGAUUCACUUUCAUGUCCAGAGAUACCCUGUAGAGACAGUGCCCACUUCUAAGGAGGAGCUGCAGCUUUGGUGCCAGAAGCGUUGGGAAGAGAAAGAGGAGAGACUUCGACGCUUCUAUGAAGGUGGAAAGUGCUUUGAUGAGACGGGGCAAAGCUUUAUUCCCCCGUGUAAGUCUGAGCUCAGGGUCCUGGCAGUCAAGUGCAUCUCACUCCUGUAUUGGACGGUGUUCCCAAUGGGUACGUUUGCACUGCUGUACCUGUACAGCUUUGCACGAUGGUAUUUUGCAGCCGUGAUAAUCAUUUUUGUUGUGCAGCAAAAGAUAUUUGGUGGGCUGGAACUAAUUGAACUUGCUUGUCAUCAAUAUUUUAAAAAGCAACAGAAACUUAACGACACAAAAAUUAAAGAGAAGUAACUUCUUGCGUAAAGAAGGGCAUAAUAAUGGGUGGCUUUGGGACGUACUGCAAAUUUUAUGGACAGGAGAGAAUUUUUGCAUGAGAAUUGUCUUUUACUAUUGUCAUUGUUUGCUAGACAUUUGCACUUAAUUCUGUGACAAGAAAGAAAACCGUUAGUUAUCACUGCGUGUGAAAAUGAUAGUUUUUAUCUCUGAAUGUAAUUUCAGCAUUGCUCUUGCGAGCAGCUAGCAACUGCAUUCUGCUGUAAUUAAGAAACACGUUGCUGGAUUAUUGAACAAUCAAAGGGAUGUUAAUAAAUAUGACGUGCACUGAAA